AUGAGCGAAGGGUGGACGCGCAACACGCGCCAGUUCCGCGGCGAGUCCAGCGGCGGCGGCGGCGGCGGCAUUGGCAGCGCGAGCUACCGGGAUGGCGGCAGCGGCGGCAUUGGGUCCCCGCGCUACGGCGGCGUGAACACGGGGAUCCUGGACGAGCAGGUGCUCUCGCUCGUCUUCCGCUCCAUCAACUUCGACCCACAGGCGCUCUGCACGGCGGCCAGCGUCAGCCGCCGCCUCCGCGCCGUCGCGGAGCGCGUGCUCUGGCGCGAGCUCUGCAUCUCGCGGGCGCCGCGGAUGGUGGCGGCGCUCACGGCGUCCGCCGCGACCGGCCUCGGCCCGCCCCCGGGCCGCAUCGGCGGCGGCUGGCCGGCGCUCGCGAAGAUGCUCUCCUUCUGCUGCGGCGCGUCGGCGGGAACACCCGUCCCCGUUCCGGGCCACAUCACCAAGGUCUCGCGCUUCUCCAAGACCUCCGGCCGCAGCUUCCUGCCGCGCCGGUGCCGGGGCGACCUGCUGUACGUGUCCGACCCGUGCGAGCACGCGGUGGCGGGCGCCGCGGGCGACGACCUCGGCGCCUACCGCGGCGUCUUCCGCUGGUUCAUGCGCUCCCGGACGCGGGCCUGCCUGCUGGGCCGCCAGGCGGCGCUCGACCCGCGCGUGCGCUGCCCCUACUGCGGCGCGCGCGUCUGGAACAUGGUCGUCGCCAGGCUCGUGCCCCGCGGCGCGGCGCGGCGGAUGGGAUCCGACGAGGGGCGGCUCGAGUACUACGUCUGCGUCAGCGGACACGUCCACGGCACCUGCUGGCUCGCGCACCUCACCUCCAGCGACGGCGACCACCACGCCCACGCCGGCUCCGACGACGACGCUGCAGCGCGGAGCUCGCUACCUAGAGUGCUCGUCGGUGUAGAUCAUCAGAGGAUAGAACGGCUGACGCUGAUUGGAUAUGGCACGCUCUUCACUGUUCUAUCUUGUCGCUGA